AAUUAAUCACCCUGCAAUUAAUAAACAUCUUUUAUAAGACUUUUUUAAACAUAUUUAUGUCAACUCAAGCAUUGAAUUGAAACCCUAUCUUCCAUGAAAUGUGAAGUUCAUUCUCUGUGAAAUAUUCUGCAUUUUUUCUUGAAGAAGGCAAAGUUUUAUCUGCACUUCUUCGACCCUUAUAUAUAAAUGAGAAGCAUCAAUAAUAUUUCACAUAUAUAAUCUUUUUUAUAUAUUUAUAUAUACAUUUAUUUCUACCCGAAGGGCGAGAAAUCAUGUUUACAAGAAUGGACAAAUUUGGUACUCUUGCUGGAUUUUUACAGGCAAUGGGUGCAUUGUUGAUUUUUUGUGUUUUUACUGCUAAUUCUGCCGGAAGGGGAAUUUCGACGAUUGAUUCAUCUCCUGAAGUUAAAUUAUACUGGAAGAAUCAUCAUAAUCACCGUAGGAUGGUGAUAGAUAAUGGUCUGGUUCAACUCAGUUUGUUGAACCCGUCCGGUGAUGUAAUUGGAAUAAAAUACAAUGGAAUCGACAACGUACUCGGAACCCAAAACGGAGAAGGUAAUCGAGGGUAUUGGGAUAUUGUCUGGAACAAGCCGGGAAAUCGUGUUGUUUAUGACAGAUUAAGAGGAACCGAAUUUAAUGUUAUUAUGGAAGAUGAAAAUCAAGUGGAGGUAUCAUUCACUAGAUCAUGGAAUGCUUCAUUUGAUGAUUGGACAGCCCCUCUAAAUGUAGACAAAAGAUUUAUUGUGAGACGUGGGAGCUCAAAGAUUUACAUGUAUGCCAUUUUGGAACGGUUAGAAGGAUGGCCUGACAUUGACAUGGAUCAAAUCAGAAUUGUUUUCAAGCUCCAAAAUGACAAGUUUCAAAGGAUGGUAGUAGCAGAUGAUAGACAGAGGAUCAUGCCGGCGCCUAUAGAUUGCCACUACGGUCAGCGUCUUGCUUACAAAGAAGCUGUACUCUUGACCUCUCCCACUAACCCCAUGCUCAGAGGAGAGGUUGAUGAUAAAUAUCAAUAUUCAAGUGAAAAUAAAGAUAAUAGAGUGCAUGGUUGGAUAUCAGAAGAUCCUUCUGUCGGAUUUUGGAUGAUCACUCCCAGUGAUGAGUUUCGUGCGGGUGGUCCUUUAAAGCAAGACCUUACUGCCCAUGUAGGCCCGACCGUGCUCAGUAUGUUUACUAGCACACAUUUCACCGGGAAGGACUUGAAUACAAAAUUCCGAGGUGGAAAAGCAUGGAAAAAAGUGUUCGGACCGGUCUGUAUUUAUCUCAACUCUAAUUUAGAUGACGAGGACCCCUUGUUACUAUGGGAGGAUGCCAAAGAACAGAUGUCGGUAGAAGUUGAGAAAUGGCCAUAUGAUUUUCCUCAGUCGGAAGAUUUUAUUUCGUCAGAUAAACGUGGAACUGUCUCAGGUCAAUUAUUAAUUAGUGACAGGUAUGCUUAUAGCGGAUUAAUGUGGGCUAGCUCUGCUUAUGUGGGUUUGGCACUACCGGGUGAAGUGGGCUCAUGGCAAAGAGAGGCCCAGGGUUAUCAAUUCUGGACUCGAGCUAACAAGGAAGGUUAUUUCUUAAUUGAAAAUGUAGUACCUGGAAACUAUAGUUUAUAUGCGUGGGUCCCUGGUCUAAUCGGAGACUGGAAAUAUGAUCUUGAUGUAAAUAUAACACCAGGAAGUGGAAUAGAAUUGGGAGUGGUAGUAUAUAAGCCACCAAGAAAUGGUCCGACAAUUUGGGAAAUAGGCAUUCCUGAUCGUACGGCAGCUGAAUUUUUUGUGCCUGAUCCAUUCCCACUAUUAGCCAACAGAUUAUACAACAACCGCCCAGCUCACAAGUUUAGACAAUAUGGAUUAUGGGAUAGAUACUCUGAUUUGUAUCCUAAUCAAGAUCUGAUUUACACAAUUGGCAUAAGCAACUAUAGUGAAGACUGGUUUUUUGCUCAUGUUCCCAGGAAGACAAAAAAUAAUGAAUAUCAAGCGACAACAUGGCAAAUAAGAUUUGAACUUGCACAUGUGAAAAAAAAUGGAACUUAUACACUCCAAGUAGCCUUGGCAUCGGCCACUGCAUCAGAAUUACAGAUCCGCGUUAACGAUUCCACCAAAAAUCGGCCACAUUUUACGACAAAACUUAUAGGUAGAGACAAUGCGAUUGCAAGACAUGGAAUUCAUGGAUUAUACUGGUUAUAUAGCAUCAAUAUAUCAGGCAAUCUGCUGAGCGAAAUCAACAUAAUAUAUCUAACACAAUCAAGAGGAACGGGUCCUUUCCGCGGAAUUAUGUACGAUUACAUUCGAUUAGAAGCACCUUCAGAUACUCCUUUAUUAUCCGGCUACUAAUUUUUUAAACCAUUUAAUUAUGGUUGUUAAUUAGUUAUUUACAUAUGAUUAUAAGGUGGCUAGCUAGCAUUUUGUAAGCAUACUAGCCUUUAAUUUCCUUAUUCUCAUGUGACCACAUUUACCCUUUGGGUUGUGUUGCAUGACGAUAUUAGAGAACUGUCUAAUUAGCCACGGAAAAUCCGUUGCUAAAAAGUUAAAAUCCGUCAUUAACAUGAUUAGUGAUGGAAUUAGUGACAGAUUUUGUUUCUGAAGUUGAGUGUAAUUUGAUCGGGAGAUCAGUCCAGAUAUCACCAAAGGACACAGUUAUAUCAAUAUUACGAUAACUUAUUUAUUAAAUACAAACUAUAUUAUGCUUCUUUAUA